AUGCGAUUUCACAUCUCCUCGCUUUGGCGCCGGACAGGUACCCCCGGAACGCCUGCAAACCGGAACCUACACAUCUCAUGUCGAGGCAAACCGAUAACUGAAGACAAACUCUUUGAGUAUACAAACGGAGGUUUUUUGGUUAAUGAAAAGUCUCAAUUCGAUCGGCGCUAUGUCAAAUUCAACCUGAAUGCUCUCUGCGGUCUUGCAGCCACAGCUGGGGGCCAGCCUUCCCCAGUUAAAGCAGUUGAGAAGAUGGAGGGCGGUUUCAGCAAGGCUCUUCUGAUGGAAAAAGAAAAUGGAGUGGAGAUUGUCACUAAAGUUGCUUGUCGAAAUGCUGGGCCCGCAGUUUAUACCACCGAGUCGGAGGUUGCUAUAUUGAAAUAUGUGAAACAGCAAACAAGUAUUCCAGUUCCCGAAGUAUAUACAUGGUCUUCUGACCCUACCAACCCUAUUGGGGCAGAAUAUAUCAUUAUGGAGAAAGCAGCCGGUGUUCCCCUUUUCAAGAUAUGGGGGGAGAUCUCCCUCUCAGAUAAACUAGAGCUUGUUAAAAGACUUACGGCAUUUGAACGCGAACUUUGUUCGUUACAGUUACCUGCAUAUGGAAGCUUGUAUCUACGGAGCUUCGGUGGGGGUCUUCCUAACUUUAAGCCUCUAGGUAUAGACGGUGAAAGUUAG